AUGGGCGGCAAGAACAAGAAACACAAGGCGCCAGGGGCCGCAGCCGUCCGGGCUGCCGUGUCUGCUUCCAGAGCGAAAUCUGCUGAUGCUGGAGCUACCGUGGAGGCUCAAAAUAAGAAGCCUGUGGCCAGGCCGGUCCCCGCCGCUGUUGCCAGCACCAGAGAUCCCCGAGCCAAGCAAGGUAUCCCAGGUGGUACAAUGGUGGUAAUUAAUAACAAACUAGAGCAAAGAAUUAUUGGAGUGAUCAAUGAGCAUAAAAAGCAAAAUAACAACAAGGGAAACAUUUCUGGAAGACUUACUGCCAAAAAAUUACAGGACUUAUACAUGGCUUUACAAGCAUUUUCAUUUAAGACAAAGGACAUUGAAGAUGCCAUGACUAAUACCCUCUUACAUGGAGGUGAUCUUCAUUCUGCCUUGGAUUGGCUCUGUUUAAACCUUUCAGAUGAUGCACUUCCUGAAGGAUUCAGUCAGGAAUUUGAAGAGCAACAACCUAAAAGUAGGCCAAAAUUCCAGUCUCCUCAAAUACAAGCCACUGUUUCACCUGCAGUGCAACCUAAAACCAAAAAGCGUGAAGAAGACUCUAAGAUUAAGCCAAAAAAGGAAGAAAAAAGUAUGGAGGUUAAUAUGAAAGAAUGGAUUUUGAGAUAUGCUGAACAACAAAAUGAAGAAGAAAAGGGUGAGAAUUCUAAAAGAUUAGAAGAGGAAGAAAAAUUUGACCCUAAUGAAAGGUACUUGCAUCUUGCAGCAAAACUUCUCGAUGCAAAGGACCAAGCAGCUGCUUUUAAAUUAGAAAAAAACAAGCCAGGCCAAAAAGAGGCUCAAGAAAAAAUAAGAAAAUUUCAAAGAGAAAUGGAAACUUUAGAAGACCAUCCAGUAUUCAAUCCAGCCAUAAAGAUUUCACAUCAGCACAAUGAAAAGAAAAAACCUCUUUUGGCUUCAGAAGGAGGAAGUGCAUUGAACUUUAACUUAUUUGAAAAAUCUGCAGCUGCUCCUGAAGAAGAGAAAGAUAAGAAGAAAGAACCUCAUGAUGUAAGAAAUUUUGACUAUACUGCUCGAAGCUGGACUGGAAAAUCUCCCAAACAAUUUCUGAUUGAUUGGGUCAGGAAGAAUCUUCCCAAGAGUCCAAAUCCUUCCUUUGAAAAAGUUCCAGUAGGUAGAUACUGGAAAUGUAGGGUAAGGGUAAUCAAAUCUGAAGAUGAUGUCCUGGUAGUAUGUCCUACAAUUUUAACAGAGGAUGGCAUGCAAGCUCAGCACUUGGGAGCUACUUUAGCCCUUUAUCGUUUAGUGAAAGGGCAGUCAGUUCAUCAGUUACUCCCUCCUACUUACAGAGAUGUUUGGCUGGAAUGGAGUGAUGCAGAAAAAAGAAAGGAAGAGUUAAAUAAAAUGGAAAGCAAUAAACCACGUGAUCUUUUUAUUGCCAAACUUCUGAAUAAAUUAAAACAGCAGCAGCAACAGCAACAACAGCAUUCUGAUAAUAAACGAGAAAAUGCUGAAGAUCCUGAAGAAUCUUGGGAAAAUUUAGUUUCUGAUGAAGAUUUUUCUGCACUGUCCAUGGAAUCAGCAAAUGCAGAAGAUUUAGAACCUGUCAGAAACCUCUUCAGAAAGUUACAAAGUACACCUAAGUACCAGAGGCUUCUGAAGGAAAGGCAACAGUUACCUGUGUUUAAACACCAGAGUACAAUAGUUGAAACUCUAAAGAGGCACCGUGUAGUGGUUGUGGCAGGUGAAACAGGGAGUGGUAAAAGUACUCAAGUGCCACAUUUUCUGUUGGAAGAUUUGCUUCUGAAUGAAUGGGGAACAAGUAAAUGUAACAUUGUCUGUACCCAACCCCGGAGAAUCUCAGCAGUGAGUUUAGCCACAAGAGUGUGUGAAGAAUUGGGCUGUGAAAGUGGUCCUGGAGGAAGGAAUUCCUUGUGUGGAUAUCAGAUCCGAAUGGAAUCUCGAUCUAGUGAAUCUACCAGGCUACUCUAUUGUACAACAGGGGUUUUGCUAAGGAAACUUCAAGAAGAUGGUCUUCUAACUAAUGUGUCUCAUGUUAUCGUAGAUGAGGUUCAUGAAAGAAGUGUUCAGUCUGACUUCCUACUGAUUAUCUUGAAGGAGAUUUUACAGAAACGUUCUGAUCUACACUUGAUUCUAAUGAGUGCCACUGUGGACAGUGAAAAGUUUUCUACAUAUUUCACACACUGUCCUAUCCUCAGAAUUUCAGGAAGAAGUUACCCUGUUGAGGUUUUUCAUCUUGAAGAUAUAAUAGAGGAGACAGGCUUUGUACUGGAGAAAGACUCAGAAUAUUGCCAAAAAUUUCUGGAGGAGGAAGAAGAAAUAACCAUUAAUGUUACAAGCAAAGCUGGGGGAAUAAAAAAGUAUCAGGAAUACAUCCCAGUUCAGACUGGAGCAAGUGCUGAUUUAAAUCCCCUUUACCAGAAGUACAGCAGCCACACUCAGCACGCUGUUCUCUACAUGAAUCCUCAUAAAAUCAAUCUGGAUCUCAUUUUGGAACUGCUGGUGUAUUUAGACAGAAGUCCCCAAUUCAGAAAUAUUGAAGGGGCAGUACUGAUCUUUUUACCAGGACUUGCUCAUAUUCAACAGUUGUAUGAUCUCCUGUCAACUGACAGAAGAUUUUAUUCUGAACGAUAUAAAGUGAUAGCUCUGCAUUCUAUUCUUUCAACUCAGGAUCAAGCUGCAGCAUUCACACUUCCUUCUGCAGGAGUCAGGAAGAUUGUUUUAGCAACAAAUAUUGCAGAGACAGGUAUCACCAUUCCAGAUGUUGUAUUUGUAAUUGAUACUGGAAGAACAAAAGAAAAUAAGUUCCAUGAAAGCAGUCAGAUGAGUUCUUUAGUUGAGACGUUUGUCAGUAAAGCUAGUGCUCUGCAGCGCCAGGGGAGAGCCGGGCGGGUCAGAGAUGGCUUCUGCUUCCGAAUGUACACAAGGGAAAGAUUUGAAGGCUUUAUGGACUAUUCUAUUCCUGAAAUCUUGCGUGUACCUUUGGAGGAAUUAUGUCUUCAUAUUAUGAAAUGUAAUCUUGGUUCUCCUGAAGAUUUCCUCUCCAAAGCUUUAGAUCCUCCACAGCUUCAAGUGAUCAGCAAUGCAAUGAAUUUACUGCGGAAAAUUGGAGCUUGUGAACUAAAUGAGCCAAAGCUGACUCCAUUAGGCCAACACCUUGCAGCUUUGCCUGUGAAUGUCAAGAUUGGGAAGAUGCUUAUUUUUGGUGCCAUAUUUGGCUGCCUUGAACCCGUGGCAACACUCGCUGCAGUUAUGACAGAGAAGUCUCCUUUUACCACACCAAUUGGUCGAAAAGAUGAAGCAGAUCUCGCAAAAUCAGCUUUGGCUAUAGCUGAUUCAGACCACCUGACAAUCUACAAUGCUUAUCUGGGGUGGAAGAAAGCCCGACAAGAAGGCGGCUUUCGUUCUGAAAUGGCAUAUUGCCGGAGAAACUUUCUUAACAGAACAUCAAUGUUAACCCUAGAGGAUGUAAAACAGGAGUUAAUAAAGUUGGUCAAGGCAGCAGGAUUUUUAUCGUCCACAACUUCUAACAACUGGGAGGAACACAGAACUUCACAGACCCUCUCAUUUCAAGAAACUGCCCUUCUUAAAGCUGUACUGGCCGCUGGACUAUAUGAUAAUGUGGGAAAGAUAAUCUACACAAAAUCAGUAGAUGUUACAGAAAAAUUGGCUUGUAUGGUGGAGACAGCCCAGGGCAAAGCACAAGUACAUCCUUCCUCUGUAAACCGAGACUUGCAAACUUACGGAUGGCUCUUAUACCAGGAGAAGGUAAGAUAUGCCAGGGUGUAUUUAAGGGAAACUACCCUAAUAACCCCUUUUCCAGUUUUACUUUUUGGUGGCGAUAUAGAAGUUCAACACCGGGAGCGUCUUCUUUCUGUUGAUGGCUGGAUCUAUUUUCAGGCCCCUGUAAAGAUAGCCGUUAUUUUCAAGCAGCUAAGAGUUCUUAUUGAUUCUGUUUUAAGAAAAAAGCUUGAAAAUCCUAAGAUGUCCCUUGAAAAUGACAAGAUUCUACAGAUCAUUACAGAAUUGAUAAAAACAGAGAAUAAUAAUUGAAACUGAAACUCAUGAUUGACUGUUUUAAAAUUUAAGAUGAAGAUACACAAUUAUGAAAUCAUGUGGACCAUCCCAUCAAGAAUCUCAGUACUUAAGAUGUUGGUACUAGCCACAACUUAAAGGUGGCAGAAAAAAGCACAUACUUUAGACAUAUAAUUUUCUACUUCCUUUGUAAUGAUGAUUAUUCUCAAUGUAUUUGCCACUACAUUUACAAUAAAUUCUUUGGUAUCAUCCCUGUUUUGUCUGUUACAGUGUGCUUUUAACAGCAAAGAUUGUGUCUGAAUUUAUCCACAACUUAGUGUUGUGAUUCCUUAUGUACCCCCUUCAUCCUCUAUCAGUUCUUAAAGCCUGGAGCGUUUGGGUCGUUGACCCAGAAGAGAAAAUGAGCUCCAAGACCAGGUGUAACUGUAGAUUUCCAAGAAA